AUGUCGACCAGCCCCUUGCACCCCCUCUCCAGACUUUCGCAUAUCUCCUCCCCAGGCUCCAAUGCCUCGUCCUCGGACCUUCUGGAAUCCAACAAUCAGCAACAGUACUUCAACCCGAAACCAGACUCGUUUGUUGCGGUCGUUACGACCAGCGACCCAACCAACAAGGACCUGGAGGCAGGCUCGCAGCACGAGAUGUCUGUGAAAGAGCCGUCCAGUUGGAAGUGGACGAACGCGAUGAUAGCUUCGGCCAUCAUGGGGCUGAUCUUCGGCAUUGCGAUGGAGCUGGGGAAAGUGACUCUUCCCAUAGUGAUCCGAGAGCAGUUCAUCUUUCGAAGGUUCAUCAUGCUCAAAAUGUUCCUGGGCGCUUCGGGAGCGUCUGCUCUCUUCCUGGCCAUCCUCUCCCGCGUUACUCCCGACCAGCUCCAGUCAGCCAGGACGGAGUUCAUGGGCUGUGUGGUGGGCAAGGGGCUCGCCGCCACUGCUCUGGGAGCCUUCAUCCUUGGAUGCGGCAUGGCGCUGGCUGGCUCGUGCCCUGGCAUGGUCCUCGUGCAAAUCGGGUCCGGCGUGCCCAACGCGUGGGUGACCCUCCUGGGGGGUCUGAGUGCCGCCAUGUGCUACGGCAUGGUGCAGCCAUGGUUCGUUCCUCUCUUCUCCGUCGCUCAGAUCAAGACCCUCCGCCUCGAGGAGUUCUCGGCGCUCCGGCGCUUCAGCUACACGCAGCUGGCGCUCGCUGUCUUCGUCAUGGUCGCUGUCGUCGUGAUCGUCCUCGAGAUUGUCUUCCCCUGGGCCAGCAAGUCCGAGCUGCCGCCCUGGACGGAGGCAUGGGAGAGCGCUCUCCCGCCGGAGAUGAUGGGCGUCUUCAUCGGCCUGAACCAGAUCCUUGCUGUCCUCUUCCUCAACGACACCCUGGGAAGUAGCUCCGCCUACAUGACCUGCACCUCCCAGGCCCUCGUCUCUAAGUCUCUGCGUGAGCGAUUCCUUCACUGGAGCGGCUUCAGGACUGGCCUCGGCAACGUCUGGCAGCCUGUCUACCUUACCUUCGCAAUCAUCGGCGCACUUAUCUCCUCCAAGGCCUCGGGCACCUUCGGAAAGCCAGCUGGGGUCACCCCCGUGCAGGCUUUCUUCGGCGGCUUCCUCGCCAUCUUCGGCAGCAGGAUCGCCUCCGGCUGCACUAGCGGCCAUGGCCUCUCCGGCGUCGCCCUUCUCUCCGUCAAGUCCAUGGUCGCUGUCCCCGCAAUGUUCCUUGGGGGCAUCAUGGUAGGUUUCAGCUUCGAUCAUGCCGACAGCUACGCGUACCGCGGCUUUCUGAUGUGA